CUUCAACAAAAACCUUUUAGACACAAGUGUGGAAAACCCUAGUGACGAUCAACGAUGACGCAGAAGAGCAAUCAGUUCAAAGGCCAACAGAAGAGGAAGGCUGUUGCCCUAAAUCGCCAUGGAAAAUCCGUUCAGACUCGUAAAGGGAAGAGAAAUGUGAAACCAUCAAAGACAACGAAAGAGUUAGACACCGAUCGGGAGCUUACGAAAUUCAUAAACCAUUGCAAUGAAGUGAAAGCAGCCAAUGCGGCUUGCAAAGAAGGUGGUCAACUUAAUAUCCUCAAAGCCGAAUCUCAAGCUGAACCAUCCAAGAAAUCCGCCAAAUAGAGGAAUCUGUUUUUUUUUUUUUCCUUCCAUUGUCUCACUUUUUGUAUUUCUUACAGCAAACAAUCAACCGGUUUUGUCUUCGAAUCAGUUAUAAUGUUAUUGUUCCCAGUUUUGUCA